GGGGCGGGACUUAGCUGGAAGAUUGAUGCGUGCGAACCUGGACCGGCUGGUCGCCUGGACUCUUUAAAACUGCGGAGCUUUUUUUUGCGAACGGGGUUGUUUCGGCUCGCGGCAAUGGCGGAGCCGAGCUUUGUAAUUGACGGUGGGAUAAUGGAGGGGGGAGGACAGAUUUUACGUGUGUGCACAGCAUUAAGUUGCUUACUAGGAGCCAAGAUAAAAAUCCACAAUAUACGAGCAGGAAGAAGCACACCUGGACUACGGCCACAGCAUCUGUCAGGGCUUGAGAUGGUUCGUGAUUUAUGCGAUGGUUGCCUUGAAGAAGCAAAAGUUGGUUCCACAGAAAUCUCCUUCUUGCCGGGUAAAAUCAAAGGAGGAAACCAUGUUGCAGAUACAAAAACAGCUGGGAGCGUCUGUCUAUUAAUGCAGGUCUCUACGCCAUGUGUACUCUUUGCUGCUUCUCCAUCAGAACUGAUUUUACGAGGAGGGACUAAUGCUGAGAUGGCCCCACAAAUUGACUAUACCUUACAAGUAUUUAAACCAAUUAUUGAAAAGUUUGGAUUUCAGUUCAAUUGUGAUUUAAAAAUGAGGGGUUACUAUCCAAAGGGUGGAGGUGAGGUGAGAGUAAAAAUAUCUCCAGUAAAACAACUUACUCCAAUAAACAUGACAGAAAGAGGAACAAUUACAAAGAUUCAUGGGAGAGCCUUUGUUGCUGGAGUUCUGCCAUUUAAGCUUGCAAAUGAGAUGGCAUCUGCAGCUGUUCGGUGCAUCAGAAAAGAAAUGCGUGAUAUUUACGUAAAUGUCCAGUCUGUGCAGGAGCCCAAGGACAAGGCAUAUGGAAAUGGAAAUGGAAUUAUUGUUGUUGCUGAAACUUCUACAGGAUGUAUCAUUGCAGGAUCUGCCCUUGGUAAAAGAGGAGUUGCUGCAGAUAAAGUUGGAAUCGAAGCUGCAGAGAUGCUGAUGAAGAAUCUUCGUCAUGGUGGUUGUGUGGACCAGUACUUGCAGGACCAGGUCAUCAUAUUCAUGGCCCUGGCUAAUGGUGUCUCCAGAGUGAGAUGUGGGCCCUUGACUCUUCACACCCAGACUGCUAUACACUUUGCAGAAAUGCUAACCAAGGCUAAGUUUACAGUGAAUAAAAUAGACGAUCAAGAGUCUGGAUCAGAAAGUAAUAUCAUAGAAUGUGAAGGGAUUGGAAUGACGAAUCCCAACUUCUAAGACCUGAAACCCUAAGUGUACUUAUCAUACACUAAACUAUGGAAACAGAAUGUGCAUAUUUGUUGGUACUUCAGUUGGGGGAUUCUUAAUCUUACUAAUAGGUUCUUGUGUGUUUAAAAAAAUAAUAAUAAAAAUCAUGCAUUAAUACCUGAGUGCUUGCUAUGUGUAUCGUGACAUGAAAAUAGAGACGUUAAAUGAACAAUAGUCAAGCAGUAACUUUAGCAGAAACCAUAACAGACUACAAAGGAAGUUUGGGAAAGGAGUUGGACAAAAUAGACUCCCUGGAGUAUUUAUUUAAUAACUCAGAGAAAUUAAAAAAUACAUUGUAUUUUGGAUCUUAUUUCACUCAUGAUUCAGCAACAAGAAUGUUGUACAAAAGAAUAAGAUGUUUUAAAGAAAAAAAAACUACCUGGCUGUUGCUCAGAUUCCCAAUAACAGCAAUUUGCAUCUAUAUAGCAUCUUUAAUGUAAUAAAACAUCCCAAGGUGCUCUACAGGUAUUAUCAAACAAAAUUUAACACUCUCCCACAAAGAGCUAUUAAGCCAGAUAACUAAUGGUUUGGUCAAAGAGGCAGGUUUUAAGGAGCAUCUUAAAGGAGGAAAGGGUGUUAGAGAGAUUUAAGGAGGGUGUUCGAAAGCAGAGGGUAUUGGUAGCUGAAGGAGUGAUUAAAACAGGAAUGCCUGAGGCUAGAAUAGACGGAGCGCAGAUAUCUUGGGGUGAAUGGGGAGAGGGAGGAUGUGGUGGGCUGGAGAUCAGAGUUAGGGAAGGACGAGGUCAUGGAGGUAUUUGAAAACAAGGAUGAAUAUUUUAAAACAAGGCAUUGUUUAACUGGGAGCCAUUGGCAAGUUCAGGGGAGAUGGGCAAGUGGGACUUGGUGUGAGUUAGGACAAAGGCAAGAGAGUUUUCAAUGACCUGGAGGGUAGUUCAGCCAGCCAGUUGUUUCUUGGAAUGGUCAAAUCUAGAGGCUACAAAUGCAGGGAUGAAUGAUUCGGCAGCAGAUAAACUGAAGCCAGGGCAGAGUCAGGCACUGUCAUAACGGUGGAAAUAGGCAGUCUUCAAGUUGUUGCAGAUAUGUGGUAGUAAGCUUAUCUCAGAGUAAAUUACAACGCCAAGGAUGCAAUUAGUCUGAUUCUGCCUCAGAUAAUUGCCAGGGAGAGGGAUGAAGUUGGUGGCAGGGAAACAAAUUAUUGCAGUCUAUUAAUGCAAAAGCAAAAUACUGCAGAUGGUGGUUCUGAUGAAGGGCCAUCUCAAUCUGAAAUGUUAACUCUGUUUCUCUCCACAGAUGCUGCCUGACCUCCCGAGCGUUUCCAGCAUGUUUUGGUUUUAUUGCAAUCUGUUAGAGCAUGGCUUGAUAGUAAUACAGCUAAUCCAAGUAGGUGGAGAUUGCACUUCUCCACGGCAUAAUGGUAAUGCUGUUGCACUUUGAUACUACUGCACAGACAUGAACAUUUGUCAAAACUUGCUUAUACUGAAUAAAAUAUAACCACUGAA